UGGUGAGGCUGGCUUGCGUGCAUUAAUAACAAGUUGGUAUGUUUCGGUAAUUAAGUUGGAAAACAAGGGGUAGGUUUGUUGCAAGCAUGUCUAUAUGAUGCCAUUGGCCUUAAGCAUGAUGCGCCUUAAUCUGGAGGGACAAAUAUUGGCUGUAACAGUUGCGUUGAGGUGGACACGAGGAUAGAUAGAUAGAUAGAUAGCAGAGAGACAGAGAGUUUGAAAGUAAGUGAGAAAGAUGCGCACAGAUUCUUUUGGCUGAUUCAUCAACUUUGCUCCUUUCUUCUCUACUUAUUUGUUGAGUACUUGAGACAAGAGAGAUAUGGGGUAUUGGAAAUCAAAGGUUCUUCCAAAGAUCAAGAAGGUUUUUGAGAAGGACAGUACAGCCAAGAAGGCAGCUGCAGCUGAAGCUAUCAAGAACUUUGAUGAGUCUAAGGAGGAAAUCUGUAAGGAGUUUGAAGAGAAGAGGACUGAACUUGGACCUAAAGUGAUAGAAAUCUUUGAAGCUUCAACAGCUGAAAUCAAAACAUUAGUUAAGGAUCCCAAAGAAGCAGGAUUAAAGAAGCAAACUACUUCAGUUCAAAAGUUCCUUGAUGAGCUUGUUAAAAUCGAGUUUCCAGGAUCAAAAGUAGUAUCUGAAGCAUCGUCAAAAUUUGGACCAGCCUAUGUUUCGGGUCCUAUUUUCUUCGUUUUUGAAAAAGUCUCAACCUUUAUUCCGGUAGAGGAAAAGGCAGUUGAGCCACCAGCACCUGAAACAAAAACUGAAGAAGCAACUUCUAGCACAGAGAAGGAGAUAGUAGUUGAAGAAGAGAAGAAAACAGAGGUAGUAGCAGCGGAGGCUUCAGAGAAGACUGAACCAGUGGCUGAACCACCUGCCAAGGUGGAAGAAGCAGAACCACCAAAGCCAUGACUCAUCAUCAAGAAGUAAAUCCCGUACGUCUUUGUGAAAAAGGUUACAUAAAAAAAAGAUUUGUUAUUCUUUAUCAUGUAUCCUUUCAUUGUAAGUUCUUUGGGUCAUAUAUUCCUUUGUGUAUUGUUUUUUUUUUUUUUUUUAAGUUGUAAUAUCAAUUUACAGUCUAGAGAAGUGGUGGGGGGCGCGUCACUUGGUUUCUCCUCUCUUUUCUUAAUUUGUUCUUCUUGAUAAAAAAAAUAUUAAAUUUCUUUGAA